GCAGUCAUAAAUAAAGGUAGCUGCCCGAAAGCACAUACCCCACCCCCCCUCUCUUUGAAAAUUAUUUUGGAUAUUUAAUUAUCUUCUUCACUGGUUUCUCAAGAAAGAAAGAAGAAGUAGCAACAAUGGGGUUUGGGGAUGUAAAAACUGAAGGGAUUCUGAGAUUUUGUGCCAUUAUUUUGUUGGUUUUAUCAGUUUUGUUGCUAGGUUUUGAUAAGGAAACUGUUCAAAUCUUUCAUGUCGACAAGAAAGCCUCUUUCAAAAGUCUGCGUGCUCUUGUAAUAAUUAUAUAUGUGGAUUCAAUGGCAGCUGGCUACAACAUUCUUCAACUAUGCAAAUGUUGGAUUUUUGCUCAGCCAAAAGGAAUAUCCAAAUUAGGGACACACUUUCAUAUAUACUUAUUUUGGCUUUCUUUCUUUCUUGAUCAAGUAGCUGCAUAUCUCACAUUUGCAUCGAACACGGCGGGGAUGGAGGCGGCCCUUCUGGCAGUGACCGGAGCUCAUGACUUCCAAUGGAUGAAGCUAUGCAACAGAUUCCAUAGAUUUUGCUACCAAGUUGGAGGAGCUUUUCUUUGUGGCUAUGCAGCUUUCUUUGCAUUGCUUCUCAUUUCCUUCAUCUCUGCCUUCAAUUUGUUUAGGCAUUAUUCACCAAACCACUUCCUUAGACUAAAAUCUUCCAACAACAACAAGUGAAAAAGCUACUUUGCCUUUACUCUUUUCUAUUUGGAUGUUGAAACUCUAGCUUAUACACCUUUAUGGCUUUUGAUCACCUCUAUGUAUCAAUUGUGUGUAUUUAAUUUGUAUUUGCAAAAUGAUCAAGUAUAUUUUAGAACUCGAGUUCAGUUUAAUCAUUUCCUUU